CCGGCAGUCCACGGCUCUGCUCCUCCGGUGCUACACCUUCAGUCAGGUAGUCUGGCAGCGCACUGACAGCCCAACUAGUCCGGAAUGAGAAAUGAUGGCCGGCUGUACAGCAGAGGAGAAAACCUUCCGACGGUUCCUGGAGCUCUUUCUCCGGGAGAUGAGAACGCCUCUGCAGGAGAGCGACCCGGUGCCGAUGCGCCCCUUGUCGGACCUGGUGACUGAGGACGAGGUGGAGGGGGAAUGCCUCGACCUGUGUCUCCAGCACCUCUACAAAUAUAACUGUCCGUGCUCCCUGGCUGCAGCCCUGGCCAGAGCCACAGCAGACAGCAUCCUGCAGACGGACCUCUCCAUCCACCACCUCAAUAAGACUGUGGAAGAUGGAGCUGACCCGUUACCACAGAUGGAGUCGGUGAAGCUCGCCCGGCUGGUGUUUAAUCGACUCUUCGAGAUGUGCUGCCUGUGGCUGAAGGAGCUGCCGUUCCGGCGCCGUCCACAGCCGUACUACGAAACCUCCAUCCACGCCAUCAAGAACAUGAGGCGCAAGAUGGAGGACAAGCACGUCAUCAUCCCCGACUUCAACACGCUCUUCAACGUUCAGGAUCAGGAGGAGCAGGCUUACUUCGCCGUGUUCGACGGUCACGGCGGCGUCGACGCUGCCAUUUAUGCCGCCAACCACCUGCACGUCAACUUAGUUCACCAGGAGUCGUUCAGCCAGGACCCCAGCGAGGCGCUCUGCAGAGCCUUCAAGGUCACUGACGAAGGCUUCGUGAAGAAGGCCUCGCGAGAGCACCUGCGCUGCGGCACCACGGGUGUGGUGACGUUCCUGCGGGGGGGCACGUUGUAUGUGGCCUGGCUGGGAGACUCCCAGGUCAUCCUGGUCAGGAGAGGGCAGGUUGUGGAGCUGAUGAAACCUCAUAAACCGGACAGAGAGGAUGAGAAGCAGAGGAUCGAGGCUCUGGGAGGCUGCGUGAUCUGGUUUGGCACAUGGAGGGUGAAUGGCAGUCUGUCUGUCUCCAGAGCAAUAGGUGACUCGGAGCACAAGCCCUACAUCUGUGGCGAUGCAGACCAUAGUAUCUUUCCAUUGGAUGGUUCAGAAGACUACUUGAUUCUGGCCUGCGAUGGCUUCUGGGACACAGUGGGUCCAGAUGAGGCGGUGCGGGUGGUCAGCGACCACCUCCAGGAGAACAGCGGAGACACCACCAUGGUAGCCCACAAGCUGGUGGCCUCGGCCCGAGACGCGGGCUCUAGCGAUAACAUCACUGUCAUCGUGGUCUUCUUGCGGGACCCGCGCUCCCCGCCACCCACCAACACGGAGGACGAGGAGGAGGGUGUGGUGGCGGGAGAGGUGGAGGAGGAGGAAGUCGCAGAGGUGGAGGAGGAGGAACAGGAAGAGGAGGAGGAGGAGGAGGAAGACGAGGCGGUCAGGGUAGAGCGCGAUGGUGAUGAAGGAGGCAGCACUGCGGACAUCGGGGGGAAGGGUCGUGGAGGCUGGCCCCUGCAGCAGUGCUCGGCCCCUGCUGACCUCAGCUACGAAGACCGAACGGACUCGUUCACGGACAGAACUAGCCUCAGCCUGCUGGGGCCGUCGCUGGAGGGCCGCAUCUCCCUGAACCCGGGCUCGUGGCAGCCCUGCUUUAACCCCGAGCUCUUCACGACCUCCCACAUCUACCACGGAGAACGCCCACGGAGGCGCAGGUCCUGUAUUCCUUUUCAGGAGCCCAGCAUCUCUAGCUUUACGGACCCACUGUGGCCCCAGACGGCCGUGCUGUUAGGCCAGGCAGCGAGGCGAAGCCGCAGGCUCGGUUCUGGUCGUCGCCGGUGCAGCCGGAGGUGGCCAGGCACAUCCCAGGAGCUGCUGGGCCUCCUGCCAUCCGGCCGCUUGCUGCCGUACAUGGAGCGCUACUCCGACCGGAGGCCUGGAGUGGCAGUGCCUCAUCUGCCCCACGAUAACACCAUCUGA